AUGUCAACAAGCUCGUUUACUAAUACAGGCACUCUAUUUGGUAUUUAUGCUGGUUUAGGUUUAGCGUUUUUUGGUAUAACUGGUAAUAUAGUUAAUAUUUAUCUCUUAUAUCCUACUCGAUCAAUUCCAAGUUCAUAUUUAUUAUUUAUCGCAUCAUUUUUCAAUAUUAUUACUCUAGGAGAAGCUCUUCUUCAAAAAGUUUUAUCUCUUGGUUUUAGUGUUGAUGGAUCAUCAACAAUCAUGGCUUGGUGUAAAAGUCGUUUUUUCGUAUCUUUUACAGUCACUCUAAUUUCGUUAACAUGUGUCUGUUUAGCUUCUAUCGACAGAUUUUUUGUUACCUGUCGAAGUGCAGUUUGGCGAAAUCGAAGCAAAUUAAUUACAGCAAAAAUAGCUCUCUUGAUUUCUAUUGUGGUAAUUACAAGUAUCAAUGUACCAAUUCUAAUUUAUACUACAAUUACUGAAACAACAAGUAGUACAGGUGUCAUUACUAGAAAAUGUUCUGUUGUUAAUCCAGAUUUUGUUAUUUAUCAAAAUUGGGUUCUUCGACCAAUUCUUCCUGGUAUAUUACCUGGUAUCAUCUUAGGUAUCACUGGUUGGUUAACAUAUCGAAAUGUUGCUUCAGCUACGGGUCAACAACUACGUGACACAUUUCAACGAGGUUUAACUUCAAUGGUACUCUUACAAAUUAUCGUAAUUGUCAUUCCAUUAGCACCUUUUGCAAUAAUGAGCAUCUAUCAACCAUUGACAGCAUCAGUUCCAAAAUCAGCUUAUCGUGUAGCACAAGAAACAUUAGUUUCUAAUAUUACAAAUAUUCUCUUAUAUAUUAGUUAUGCAUCCAACUUUUAUGUUUAUCUUAUUUCAGCACCAUCUUAUCGUCAAAAGUUUUUGCAACUAUUUAAAUGUUGUUAUCAUAAAAACCAUCAAAAUAAUCGUGUUGGAACUAGAACAAAAGAACAACUCGGAACUAACAGACUUUCAAUACAAAAACAAAUUCUGCCACGACCAAGUAAUUAA